CUGCGCAUGCGUAGGACGGGGGCAAAGUUAACUCCUGAACUUCGUAGUCAGAAGAACAUACUGAUUUAUAAAAUACCAGUGAAAUCAGCGACCGGCUGACAUGGCGUUUCGGCGAAGAAACAAGAGCUAUCCUUUCUUCAGCCAGGAGUUCCUGAUUCAGAACCAUGCCGACAUCGUCUUCAGUUUAGUCAUUUUCAUUCUGAUUGGACUGAUGUUUGAGGCAACAGCCAAGACGGCCAUACUGUUCAUCCAGCCUCAGUACAACGUCACUACACUAUCACUAGAGGGAGAGGUGACAUUGUACCAUUACGGCUGGAAAGACAGCGCCACCAUCCUCUUCUAUUUCUUCAUUGCCAUCAUACUCCACGCAGUUGUGCAGGAGUAUCUUCUGGAUAAAGUGAACCGGCGCCUCCACCUCUCCAAGAGCAAGAACACCAAGUUCAACGAGUCGGGGCAACUGUGUGUCUUUCACCUGGUUUCAAGCGUGUGGAGUUUUUACAUCGUUGUCACAGAAGGAUAUCUCUUACAUCCCAGCAGCCUUUGGGAGAACUAUCCUCAUGUUCACCUCAGGUUUCAGGUGAAGUUCUUCUACCUCACUCAGUUAGCCUACUGGCUCCAUGCCUUACCGGAGCUGUAUUUCCAGAAAGUACGCAAGGAGGAGAUGCCUCGGCAGCUGCAGUACAUCUGCCUGUAUUUGCUGCACAUCUGUGCAGCUUAUCUAUUAAAUAUGACUCGUGUGGGUCUAGUUCUACUCUUCCUCCAGUACGUGUCAGAGUUGGGUUUUCACAUCGCCAGACUUUUCUACUUCACAGAUGAGAACCAUCAGAAAAUGUUUGACCUGUGGGCGGUCAGUUUUGUGUUUACACGCAUGGCCACUCUGACCCUCAUGUUUUUGGCUGUAGGGUUUGGUUUGGCUCGUGUUGAGAACCAGGGCCUGGACCUGGAGAUGGGAAACUUUAACACUUUACUGAUCAGAAUGACAGUUCUACUGCUAGUAUGUUUCACCCAGUCCUGGCUGCUCUGGAAGUUUAUUCGCUUCCAGCUCAGACGCUGGAGGGAGUUCAGACACGAACAGGCCAUCAGAAAGAAGACAGCACCCAAACAACCUCUACGGACACUUAAGAGGGACUCAUUUGGUCAUUAUGAAAACGGAGUCGUCAAAGCCGAGAACGGAACCUCCCCGAGGACCAAAAAACUCAAAUCACCGUAGAAGUACACACACAGCCUGUCCCGAACAAUAGCCGUAGCCCCAGGCCUAGGAUUGUCUACAGCCAGAACAGGGAAACCCAGCAGUUGUCGGCCUCCAGGUGUCCAGUUGACCAUGUCCUGAGAUGUUGGAGGCACUCAGUUGCUGCAGACCUGGGCUUAAUGCUGGAAAAAGAAAAUCAAAGGAAAUUUCCUGAGCCCCACGGACACUUUUCACUUUACUCUUUUCUUCAUAUCAGUAUUUUUGUAUAUCCACCCAUCCCACCAUCCCAUCCUAAGGAAUGUUAUUCCUGCCCCGCACACUUCAGUGUUGAAUGUGUCCGUACAUAUUCUCAUUUACAAGUACUGUAUUGAUUGUAGUGUUGUCUGAUAACACAGUGGUUUUGCAGCUCUCUACUGACAUAGCUUUGCCUCUCCCUCUGGUCUGAUCUUUUGUAAAGAAAAAACACCCCCCAAAUGUUACUGAUCGUACGCAUAGAUAUGAGCUAACUGUACGCUGUCUUUAGCCUCAUCAUUUACUGUCACAAAAGGGAUUCAAACCAAUCUGUGGUGUUUACCAAUCCCAUUGAUUUACAUCUGUCUGAAAAAGAAUCUUCAGUGGUCUCUUCACAGAUUUGUAUCUAUCAAAUAUGUAUGUUGGAUAUUAUGGCAUGCCAUUCUAUGUUUAUUAUUUUUUCCUUUGUAAUUGUUUUGUUAAUUUCUUUAUUAAAAAAUGCAUUUUUCACAA